UAUUAAGGUGUUGAUGACAUUCAAACUGUUGCAAGAAAAGAAGCUUGACUGUUUGGAUGAUUCUUUACAGAAAUUUUUACCAGAAUUUUCGGUAGAAAAUCCUUUUAAUGAGGAUACUAUUACAAUAAGGUAUAUAGGUUUAAAAGUUCAUAAAUUUAUAAGCAGAUUUGUUUUUUUUAGAAUAAACUGCAUGGAAUCUUUGCAUUCAACGUAUUCUUGAACCUCAUAUAUUUAUGAGCGUCAUCACUGUCAUGUGCAAAUGAAUAAUAUUAUACAUGCUCAAAAAAUAUUAGACUUGACAUACGAGAAACAGAGUUGAUGAGAGUUGGCAAGCGAGAGAUCGCUGGAGAGUUUCAACUAGCCCGCGUGCAGGCCCAAGCCAAGGGAAGAAUAGUGGGCCUGCAAGCAAGGCCCGGUAUUUUGUACUUUCCGCGUUCGCCCACGAACGCAGCACUAUGAUUCUGAUUGGCUGUUUGCUGUUGGAUUAUAUAAUUAGAUCAGUGGUUCAUCACAAAGGCUCUCGAUAAGCUUAAAAUUCGAAAAUUGAUCACUUUUUCGAUUAAAAAUGGAACAAGAACAGACUGUUUAUUGUUUACUUGAAGGAAGAGAUGUUUUUGCCGUUAUGCCAAUGGGGAUUGCUUGUUGUGAAGUGUUGGAAUAGCAACAUUAGUGUCAUUACGACUGGGGUAAACUAUAGUAACCUUUACCCGAGUUUCAUUAAUUUCAAACAGACUUGAUACGUUAUAUGUUCCUCAAGAAAAUUAUCUUUUGGUUGAUGUUGACUCUGUUCUUGCACUGAAGAAAACAGCGCUUUUCGCGGUGAAGAUUUAGAGGCAGUUGCAUGUAAGCCUAUUCGAAACACUUCGCGAUUUGCAAGGUUUCGCUGAGAUAGCGAAACAGAAGACAGUAAUUAGAGAGGUUAAGAUACCCCGGUUCCGGUUUACGGGUACGUGUAUCGCCAUUUUGUUUACCAAUUUUUGCUGAUGUCAGCAAUUUUACCCGUAAUUUCUACGCGUUUCUCCGCGGUAAACCGUGGUCUACACGUAAACGGGUACGGGUGUUUUCUGUUUACUAUUUUUGGGCCGUUUAAAUAGUACAAAUUUUCAACAUCUUAGCCAAAUAAAUAAUGCACAUAUGCUUGUCAAAGUUUUCAACAAUUUAUGGUGAACCUCAACAGCGAAAGUUGCCAUUCUCUGAUCGGUUUUCCAUCGCCGGAGUAUCUUGGAUUUCUUAAGUUACAAGUUAUUCCCCGAUUUACGGGUACGGGUACGUGUAUAUCAUCCGUACCCGUAAACCGGAAUCGGGGGAUCUUAACCUCUCUAUUAUUGCCGUUUGAAACGAAACGAUCUGGACUCUGAACGCUCUCUUCUUUUGUAUAUAGUUCUUUACCAAAUGAAAUAACUGAAAUAAAUUUCGUACUUUCCGCCGCCAACAAGAAUUGCAUACACGAUCUGAUAAGUGAGACAGUUUAUUUAUAACAAUGGCGACAGCGAAGCACAUUAAUGCAAAUGUGGUCGCACGACUUCCUUCACGAUUUGAAGUUUGAGACUGGUUUUCUGUUGAAAUUCGUCCUAAUGGCCUGUACCGAUUUUAGUUGAAAAUGAGUACUUGCAAAUUUGGCAAUUACUGACUGCGUUGCUUGCCGUUUUUUUGGAGUUAAAACACAGCCAUUUACACAUUGUUUCUAUUUUGAAUAUUAAAGCAGAGGAAACCCCGCAACAUUUUAAUGCAAGUUUGUUUGUUACUAUUUGGGUUGCUGUCAUAUUGGUUCUUUUUUGACAAUUGACGCGCGAAUGGGGUGUGUUAUGAAAAGGGGCGUUUUACAAAAUACCGGGCCUUGCUUGCAGGCCCACUAUUCUUCCCUUGGGCCUGCACGCGGGCUAAAUUUCAACUCUCAUGCCCAGGAAAACGAGAAUAAUUAAUUAAGAGUUGCAUAUAAAAGUUGACUGCAAGAAUUGACUGGAUCUUGUAUAUCGGAUUACCAAUUAAUUAAACAAGUCAGUUAGAAUUUGGACCAGUCCAAGUUUGGAACAAUGGUUAAUAUAAAACCUAAGUGUAUGCAUUCAUGUAUUGACUAUUGUAUUUCCUGUAGACAAAUUCUCAGUCAUACCUCUGGCUUGCCAAGAGAAGUUCCCUGUGGUCCAUCGUUCUCUUCUAACCAUAAAAAUAUUUGUCCAGUGAAUACGACAUAUGUUUAUGAAAAACUAAAAAGUACAAAGUUAAAAUUUUCACCUGGCACAUCUGUGGGCUAUAGGUAUGAACCCUCAUUUUGUUAUUUACUAUAUAUCUUGCCUUUGAACAACUUUUUUCACAAAAGUAUAUUAUCUCGGUAAAAAGCCAAAACUCCCAGAUUAUAAGUUUGAACAGAAUUGAACUUACAUAUUCAGCGAACAAGGCCAUGCACUGCAUGCAUCAUGUGAAUAGAUCUAUCUGAUCAACUUAAUAAAAGAAACAAGUUCGAGUUAAUUCACGCUAUAGUAUGCAGUUUUUCAACACGGUUUAAAAGUCCUAUAUAAUAAGGAAAACAUCUAAAAAAUUGUAAUGUGUUCGUGUUCUUUAUUUUUAAAAUCUCAUUUCUAACAUGGUCUUUCAUUUGGCAUGGUUUUGCGAGGGUCCUGACGGGGAAUCAGGUUCCAUUUCCCAACCUAUUUUUUCUCUUAAUUCAUUUCCCAAGUCCCAGUCUCAAAUACGAAAACGAAAGAAAAUCCUAAGGUACAGGUAUUUCAUCCAUGUGUUUGUCUUUAAAACACAAUUUUUCGUUUAUUAAUUUGGAACUUACUGGAGUAAAACAUGACGUUUUGCACUUUUGCAGUGUAAAACAUGGUAUAGACUUACAUGACAGGUCAAACCGGAUGUAUAUAUAAAUCACUGACUCAAAAUCCCUGAAAAGUAUCGAGUCGAAGGGGCAAAGGGGGCAAUUUGCCCCAGGCCCCCAUGUUAUUUCCGUUCCUAUUUUUGUGUCUCUCACUCCCAGACCCGGUAACUUAAAUCCCAUUUUCUCAAUCGAAAAAUAGGCAAUUCCCAGUUCCCAUUUUAGCCCUUCAGGACUCUCUUUCGCGAUGAUUGUUCAAAACUAAAAUCGGAUCAAUUUAUCUGAAAUUUUUCUUCAUCGUAUAAUUUGGUUUUUACCGUAGCCAGCGAGUAGGCUCAGGCGGGCCUGCUUGCAGGCUCAGGAGGGCCUGCUCGCAAACUAUUUCUAGCAGUGUCAAUAGACACGAACUUAAAUUACAUCCAUUUGCUCACUUGUAACACGGCUGAAAGCACACCGUAACACACCAAGAUUGAUAUUCUACCUUAAUUUCUUUCUCUCUUUAGUAAUCUUGGCUAUGCCAUUUUGGCGCAUGCCUUAUUUGAAAAAUUUGGUGGAAGAUAUGGAAGUUGGCAACAAUGGAUGUUACAUGAAAUAUUAUAUCCGCUUGGUAUGACGAGGACCGUUUUGAAUAACAACAGGUAUUUGAAUCUAAUUUAAAAUUUGUUUACAUUGAGUUGAAUGACUACAGCAUUAUAGCAAACUAUUACAGAACUAUUCGCAAGAUAUAGAGUUAUUAUAAACCAGCGGCUCCGCGCUACCGGACUUAAUUUGCGCGCGGAAUUCAUGUUUUGGUUGGCACAAAGUAAACGGUAUUGAUGAAAGUUAUUUUAUUACUGUCACGUCUUUUAACAGCUUAGCUUUUUCCUGCAAUAGGCAAUUCCAGCUUUUAGUAAUGGUAUCAUAAUGCUGGUUAUGCUAAAAAAAUAAAAAUAGUGGCCGUGUAAACACGGAGUGAUAGCUAGACUUGGAUCAAGUCCGUCUCUCUAGAGUUGGAGUCGCGAAGCGACGAGAUCGAGGGCACCUCGCGCUCUCCCUCGGACUCUAGAGAGACGGACUUGAUCCAAGUCUAAGUGAUAGCUUACACUUGUAAAUAUUGAAAUAUUUCGGCAGUUUUUAUUGAAUCAGCAAUAUGAUACCUUACUUCCCAUCACCCCCUGGUUGUGAACUGUGAAGAUUGCAUCAGGAAAAUAACGGUUAAUUGAGCAGGUAUCAUGCAAUUUGUUAAAAACUUUACUCGGCGUCUGUACCGUACUGUUAAUGAUGGAUUGGUUAAAAUAACCAAUUUGAAUUGGUCGUCUCAGAUGCAUCUUUUUUAAGCACUAUUAUUUGGUAAAAACAACCGAAAAAUUGGUUAAAAUAACCCAAUUUUGGUUGCUUUAGUUAUUUUAACCAAUCUGUUUUUACAGUGUAAACUGGACUGACAAUGUUGCAGCUAGAGAAGAACUUCUUUUGCAGACAGCGUUGAUUUUCAGCUAUACAUCCAUUUACAUGUGAUCGUUUACAUCACCAGGCAACCAUUGAAAUUUUUAAUUUAGAUUUCACCACAACGUGGCUCUAAGUUACAAAACAAACGGUAUUUUAUCUCCACCAUUUGACUGGGGUUGGUCGUCACCAUCAUUUCAGAUGAAGACAUCAGCUGCUGAUCUAACAAAAGUAAGUUGACUGGAUUUUUCCUUUUAAGUUUUUUUUGUUAAUAAUGUCACUUUGAACUAUAUUGUUAUGCUACCAGUAGACUCGUUCAUAAGAAUAUUGAGGUUGGAAUUGGUAAAACCUUAAGAAUACUAAGAAUAUGCCCAAAGUUGAGAUUGUUCAACAUAUUGCUGUGGAAAUAUGGGGGGUGGGGGGGGGGGGAACUGUAAUGAAAUGUAACAAAUUUAUAAGCACAUUCAACUAAUAUUAUUCUAAUCCCAAUGGACUGAAAACAACAAUGAACUGAACUAACAAUUGAAAUUAUUUGACUGUAAACCAAUAAGAUUACAUUCGGGUUGAACGGUGCGCAGAUUAUUCGAACUCGAUAGAUGAUAGACAAAUGAACACAGACACAGUUCGUAAAUAAGGUUAUACUUUAUAAUACGGAUCCAAAAUGUUCACGAGAAUAGGUGAUCGGUAUAGGAAUAGUCGUAAUAGGAUCGGAAUAGUCGUAUACAAUCUGUUCGAACGUACUAAAUAACACGCAACUAACUAAAAACUCGAUCCCGUUGGCGCAACCAGAUUGACAAGCUCUGAUUGACACUAGAUAAGCUGCAUAGUUUGUGUCGCGUUAAGGUGAUGAUGACGUUUACAAUACAUUCGCGUUUUAAAACUAACAAUUAUUAGUUUCACCAUAUUAUAUUUGCCUCUUUUUAAUACGAAGUUGAUGCUGGCCAUCUUAAAUCCUGAAACGUCUUUCAUUGAUGAAAAAAUGACAAGAGAUAUGUUUAAACCUGGUGAGAAACAAUUCGUUUUCAAUUUUUGAUUCAGUAACACGUUAAUAGGUAAAUGAUUGUCGACCUAGCUAUACAAUCAUGGCAAAAUUUCAUAGACAUGUAGCUGUAAACUAAAGUAUUACUACGUGCAGAUAUUGGCAUCUAGGUAUCCCUCACUCCCCUCUACAAUGCUGGUUGUGACAUUUUAUUUCACAGUUCACACAGCUUUCUCCUAACCAAAUUUAAUUUAUAUGACAUUGAACGGAGGAAAGGGGAAGUUGAAUAUUGCUGUUUUUCCAAGGAUAUGAUUGGGCAAGCCAGAUAUUUCUAUUUAUGCACUCGCUGUUCAAUAUAGUUUUUUUCCAGAAUUUUCAGUAUUAUCAAAUUAAUUGCAAUACAUGACUUUCACUUUUUCUCCUUCUUUUAGACACCAAUAAUUUGAUACUUUGAAUUUUUUUGUGUUUCAGAGUUUAUAUUUCCUGACCUUCACACAAUAUUCAGCCCUGGAUGGCAAAUUCGUUACCACAAUUCUGUUCGCGUAAUAACCAAAGCAGGCACAGUUCCAGGCUCUUCAGCGGCAAUAAUAUUAAUGCCUGAACAGAGGUUUGGUAGGAAAAGCAUUAUGUUUAAUUUGCUUCACUUUUGGUCAUAUACACUUGAUCGACAUUAUCUUGCAUGACUUUUAAGCCAUGAUUAAAAUCACUUCCGAUCUACAGACAAUUAACACUAUAAAUACUGGAACGAUAACUCCAGGUGUUUGGCCCUAUGAUUGGGUGAAGCCAAGUGGAUGGCGGCCUAUAUAGAGUGCUCUCUUGUAGGUAUAAAACACGCAUGUUUUUCGCGUGGGCUUCGCGGGAGCUGAAGAAUGACUAAGUUUUCCGAUCGAUGGUUUUCAAUUUCUUUUGCACAUAAAUGCUCAUUUUUCGUGGUAAAUACCCUACUUAAAAGCUGAAAACUAAAUGAAAAGGUUAUUAUUCUGUGUUUAGUUCAAAUCCUUUAUAGAUAGUUUUUUUUUUCAUUCGUCAAAUAACUUUGCCUUUUCUUUGCCUUUUAAAAUUUGCUUAUUCUGAAAGACCACUCACUUGCUCUAGUCUCUUAGAACCAUCGUAAAGCCGGACUUAAAAAAUGUGGCUGAAAAAUUAUGAAAUCUCUGCAUGAAAUGAUACUGAUUUUUCAUACUAAAUUCAGCGAAUUUCCGCGUAUAGGGCAUACCUGUACCUACAAGAAGUUCACUAUCUACAGAGCGUCAACGCAAGCACAAACUGACAAUAUCCGUUCGGCCGUGUAUGAACCUAUUUCCUGCAUUUUAAUCUUACAAGUAUUAAAUCUUUGGGAAAGUGGGGAUUCAAUCCCUCAGGGCAUAGACUAUCGCAAAGUCCUUCGUCUUUGUUUAGAACGAAGGAAUUUUCAAGGAAGUAAUUUCUUGAAGAGUAAGGAAUUUGCGGAAGUCAAUUAGCGAUAGUCACGAGGUCGACUUGUAGCAAGUCUACUCAGGGCGUGGCAUCGCCAAACGAUGUACAGUAUGGUAGUCAGCGAUAUACUUAGAUGCAUCCUCCAGAAAAUAAAGAAGGUGCCUUAUUUGACAUCCAUUACGCAAAAGAAGAAAAUAUAAUGGUGACUUAAUUAAAUAAAGUAUUAUCGAAAUGUAAUUAAAAAUUUAAAAUACAAGUUUUGUCAUGCAGAUUUUAUCAAGCAUCUAAGUGGUUUCCAAAUGCAAUUAGUUUAUAUAUUAGCUGUUGUAUAAUUACUAUACUACAAGCUUUAUAUUUUCCUUUGUGCUUCUUUUCUUUCUUUAAGGCCUAAAUGUACCGUUUUGCAUGUACACAUCUGAACUGUAGCAAUAUUGAUAAAUGAAUUAUUUGCCAUGCCCUCCUAGAUGUCUUACUCUUAAUAUUACUACACAUAAAUAUUAACUUCAUUUCGUUCCAUGCAGGUUUUGUGUUACUUGCCACUGGUCAAGAGAUUGUCCCGAAACUGGCUGAGGAAAUUUCAGUGAAAAUUUCCAAGACUUUUUCAAUGAAUGUUGUUUCAAAAUCACUCGAGGUAAAGCGAGCGAAAACUUUCAUUCUUUUCAGAUUGAUCAACUUUCACACAUGGCAUAAUCAUCAAAAUGUACUGACCAUUUAUAAGGGGGAUCUAUUGGAGGAGUGAUGGGGCGGGGGUAGGGUGGUUCAGCUUGCACAAUUUUUUCUCUUUGCUUUUUUUCUUCUUUUGUUUUCCUUUGGGCGAUCUUUUUGCCCCCCCCCCCUCCAACACCUUUGUAACAGUCCACCCCUAAAUUGAUAAUUAAAUUAAACAGUGUCAUGUCAGUUUAAUAUUAUGUAAUUUCAUAGACAUCGAGAAUUUAAUUAACUAAAAAUUAUGCCUGAAUCUCAAUAUCUAAAUAUGAAUAUUUGCCAUGAUUUAAACCAUUCAUUCAGCUUGGAGCACUGAAAUUUUCACUAUUUUAUCUUAUUAUAAUAUUAGUAAAUGAAACAAUUAUAAGUAAUAUAUGCAAUAUGAUCGGCCGUGUUGAAUAUAUUUUAUAUUGUAUUAUAUUACAACAGAGACUGUAAUUUCAAAAUUUUCCUGGAAAGCAUGGCACCGGACCCACCUAGUAGAGUUUGUUUAGUCCCCACCCCUACCAAACCAAUUUUCCGCCGCCUAUGAAUAUCAUUUGUAUUGAUAAUUUUUUUUCAGAUCAGACCAUCUUCUAAUACAGGCCGAUACAUUGGUGUGUAUAUAUUGAAAAAUAACUGGAGUGAUAAAGUGAAAGCCACCAUCUCAAUUGAAUUGUUUACAGGACGCUUGAUGCUGAAACAAGAUCCAGGCUACCCGCCUUAUGUUUAUCUCAGUUUUAUAACUUCCCAACUCUUGCAAAUUGUCUACCCUCAUGGCUUGACUUGUGAAGGUUAUGCGUUGGGACAAGAUAAAGAAAACAUCAAGUUUAAACAUCUUGACUACAAAGGACGCUUCAAGCAAUUUACUCUUGGUUCGUUUGUCUUUAAAAGGAGUAAUUAAUGAUUAAAGCCGACAGUUUUCCAUUUCAACCAUAACUUAACAAUAUGAAACGUACCAAAUUAUACCGUUUUGUUUCAUUACGGUACGUAGUGGCUGAAAGGUUGCUACCUGCUCAGCAAGAUGUGCAGGAAAGUCGGGCAGAUAGAAGAAAAAAUUAACUUACGUUAUCGUGGGACAAUUCCGUUUUGCCUUCAUAUUGUGCCCUGAAGGCUAGUUAGUACGUUUCUGUAUGUUGGCCGCGUUGAAAUUUCUUGUGGGCUCCUGCCGACACGUUUUUCUUCGAAUGUUGUAUUAAACUCUAUUACAGUUAAAAAAUGUGAAAUUUCAAAUACAUUUCUAACACAAAUUACUUACAUCAUUUGAAAGCUUGCAAAAACUACAUAUAAGAUAUUUAAACGGUUACCCGGGUUUUUCAAGUUCUUCUUGAGUUAUGAGCUGUUGAGUGCGUGUUUUCAGACUAGUACCCAGGAAUUUUGCGAGAUUUUGGCUUAUUUUUCAGUGAAACAGCAAUAACUCGAAAACCGCUUGAAAAUCCCAACUAACCAUUUAAAUGUUUCAUAUGUAGUUUUUUGUUAGCUUUCUAUUGAGUUUAAUACAACAUUCGAAGAAAAACGUGUCGGAGUAGCCCACAAGAAUUUAGAGAGUUUGAGCAAGACAACGAAGUACGAAGACGAAGGCAUACUUGACAAUUUUUUCCGUCUGCGCAUUAUCUUGCGCAUACUGAGUUGGACGUCACUGGUGGUUGCUCAACCUGUCUUCCCAUGUGUCGCUGUUUAUGAAAACUGACCCUAAUUCUUGCCCUGACCCAGAGAAAAACAGCGAGACACGAAACUAUAUCCCGUCUUUGUCCUUCUGCCUUCGUGCAGAACGAAGUUCAUAACGAAUUUUGCCAAAAUAUUCGUUGUGGGCGAAGGCAGAAGAACGAAGACGGGAUAUGGAUUCAUGUCUCCCUGUUUUAUCCUGAUCAGGGUAAGGAUUUGAGUCAGCAUUCACAAACAGCUAGACAUGAAUCUCUAACCUGUCUUCACUCCUGACCCUAAAGUCAGAAUGCGCAAGAUAAUGUGCAAGACAGGCAAAAAUUGUCAAACACGUCGUGUCGUCGUCGUUGUCCGACUUCGUUCUCUUGCUCAAACUCUCUAUUUUAACGCGGCCAACAUACAGAAACGUACUUAUUGGCCUUCAGGGCACAAUAUGGCCUUCAGGGCAAAAUGGAAUUGUCCCAUGAUAUAGUAAGUUUUCCAUAAUUUUGGUCCUCUAUCUGCCUGACAUGAUUUAAAUGAUAUAUGAAGUGUGUCUUCUGUGGAUUACUAGCGAAAGGGGAAACACAAACAUCACUAAAUUAUUUAAUGUCAUCACAUCCAUGACAUCGUACGUCAUCAGAUAUUAAAGCUCAGUGUCACCUGUUGGGCGAUGCCGAUUAUGUACAAAUAAGUUAUCGAAUUAGUUAUUGAUGUGCGCAUGCUCAGCAAUUAAAUAUAACUUCGCUCAACAGGUGACACUGAGCCGUCAAAAAUCUGUCUAGAGGAUAAAAAAUACUCAACAAAACGGCGGUAAAUUAGUUCGUUUAGGAAGUCGAAUAAUAUUUAUAUUGAACAUUAUUAUGUAUUUUUAUAUCGAACAUUUUAGUUAAAUCAGCUAUAAAAGUGUAUAUAGUAUUCGUGUUUCAACAAUGAUAUUCUGAAAGAAUUUAGUAGAAACAGUACGUUUAAUUAAUAUUUUUUAUACACACACAUAUCGAAAAACCCCAACCUUUAAGUGCGGAAAGCACAAUGGAGUGCUUAUAUCCCUAUCCAAAUCAUAACUUUCUUUGUAUUAACUUCAUUAAUUAUGCUUACCAAUUUUCUAAAAUUCUACAGUCACACAAGUGAGAUACGCUCACACGGUAAUUUAUUAAAUGAACUCGAGGUGGC